UUACUGGGUGUGAAGGAAACACCAUAACAAACUCAAAAUUCCGUGGGAAGGAUAACAAGAUCUCCCAAGUGAAUUAAAAUGUGUCUUUUUGAGCAAAUAAAGCUCCUGCAUGACAAUGGACUGCAUUCUAAUCUUAUUGCCUUGGGCUGCUUGGUGUUAACUGUUGCAGAAAACCAACCAGAAAAUUCAUUACUACCAACAUCUCGUUAUCAGACUCUGGUAUAUGUUGGUCAGUCACUUCAGAACCAGGGUGAAUACAGGCGGGCAGAAGCAACAUUCAAAGAGGCACUACAGUAUGCUAAAGCUGCUGCCAAGACCAAGGUUGCCAAGACUGCAGACAUGUUCAAAGAGGGACUUACAGAGAUAGAUGUUAAGUAUGCAAUGGCUGAGUGUAACAUUGCUGUUCGACAAUUCAGUCAAGCUCUCACACUUUUAGAGUCCAUUCCACAGCGACACCGCACGUCAAAGGUUAACAUGGGAUUGGGACGUCUUUACCAACAGGCAGGAAUGGAAAGACCUGCCAUAACAGCUUAUAAAGAAGUACUAAAGGAAUGUCCAUUGGCUCUUGAAGCUGUCCAGGAGCUUCUCAGCCUUGGAGUUCGAGGAGCUGAAGUAGCAUCACUUAUGAUCAACAUCCAUGGUAACUCAGCUGGGACAGAGUGGUUGUCUUUAUGGGUUAAAGGUCAUGCAUACUUACAUAGCCGAGAUUAUACGAAUGCCAUCAACUCCUUUAGACAACUUGAGGAAAAUUCUGCCCUCAGUCGAAAUGUUGAUAUUCUAGCAACCUUGGGUGAAACAUAUUAUCUUGCUGGAGACCCCAAGAAUUCUCUCACUGUACUUCAGAGGGCACAUUCAGUCAAUCAUCUAAAUCUUCGGGGUUCAGACUUGUUAGCAUGUUUGUUGGCAGCAGAUAAGAGAAAUCGAGAACUAGAAGAGCUAGCCAUGGCAACAACAGCUGUAACCGAUGCAGCACCUCAACCGUGGAUCACGAUGGGGUAUUAUUGUCAACUCAGUAAACGGACCACCAAAGCCAUCUAUUUUGCACACAAGGCUUGUUCUAUCAACCCACGUAGUGUUGAAGGUCUUCUCCUGAAAGGCACACUGCUCCUAGAACUGAAGAAAUUACAAGAAGCUGUUAUGCAUUUCAGAGAAGCUAUGCAGAUUGCACCUCAUCGUUUUGAACCACACAAAGGAUUAGUAGAUUGCUAUCUUGCAAUGCAUCGAUCCAGGGAAGCUGUAACAAUAGCCAGCAAUGCAUGCAAGUUACUUGGCCAGACUCCAAGAGCUCUCACUUUAUAUGCUUCUGUUCUACUGAAAGAUACCUUAACAGUUAGUAAAGGUAAAAGUUUACUGGAAAAGGCUUUGAAGGAAGACCCAUACCACCUUCCCGCUGUCUACCUGCUGUGUGAACUUUAUGAACAGGAUAUGCGUUAUGAAGCUGCGAUAGAGUUAUUAAGAAAACAAGUUGCAGUUCAAUCUACUAGCCGUCUUCAUCAAAUGCUUGCAGACUUUUUCUCACAUGUUCAUGAUGAAGAAAAGGCUGCUCAUCAUUUUGGGAUUGCACUUAACCAUGAACCUAGUAAUACUCGAGCACUGGAAGGGAUGCAGAAGAUGGAGGCUGCACCUGACACAGUUGAAGCUCCUCCAUAUGAUAUGGAGGUGGAAGAUAUUGCUGAUUCAGAGGGUGAAGUGGAAGAAAGUGAUCUUGAGGCUGUUUGGUCUGAUGUGGAUUUUUCAUUUAGUGGCCAGUAACAUCACAACCUGCAGUGUUGAGAACGAGAGCAGCAGCCACAAAACCAACCAGUAAUGUGUUGCUGCUUGUACUGUAAGCAUGAGCAAUUGCGGUGGCUAGAAGAAGAUGAAUCAAAAUUUACCCUAUAAGGGUUGCUGUACUCUUUCUUCCCUUGAUAGACAAGAUGAACGGAACUAUUGUAUUUAUGAAAACUGAUAGGAUUUACAAGUUGAUUGUGCUACAUUCUCUUGUACAUUGCAUUUAUACAUUGUGCUUAUAUGUGUAUGAUUAUAACUGGGUAUAUUGGGAGUACAGUAUUAUAAUAAUUAAGUGAACUAUGUUGUGCUUAUGACUUUAGAGAACACUCAGCAUCCUGUGGCAAAUACAGUAUCAUUAUAUUUAUUUAUGUAUACAUUCCUUCUAUUUAAAAUUCAUGUUAUCAUCUGUUAAUCAUUAUUCUCCUGUAAUAAAUAUUUUGCUAUACAGUGGUCCCUCGGUUAACGAGCGCCUCGGUUAAUGAGAUUUCGGUUAACGAGUUACCUUCCAUAAGAUUCUUAACUUCGGUAAACGAGCAAUCCCUCGAUUUACGAGUUUCUUAC